UGUAGUGUGAGUGAACCGGAUGUAGCUUGUCUGCGGCGGACGGACGGAGGUGUUUUGAAGCUGCUCUGGGCGCGCGGGGCUGAAAUGGGAGUGACGUGUGUGUGCCAGGUGCCGGUGGCGGAGGGCAAGAGUGUCCAGCAGACGGUGGAUCAGCUCCAUAAGAAGCUGGAGCAGCUGGGAGCCGUGAAGCAGGGCAGCUUCUUUGUGGACUGUGAGACGUAUCACGCAACAGGAAACGCCAGCGGUCAGCCGUCUAAGCUGCUGUAUGUGAUGCACAACUCAGAGACGCCGCUGAGCUGCAUGGCUCUGUUCGAGGGCGGACCGUAUCUGACCGCAGAUGCCAACUUCGACGUCUUAAUGGUGAAGCUGAAGAGCCACUUCCAGAACGCCAAAGGUCACAAGGUCGAGAGCCGCGGCGCACGCUACCGAUACUGCGACUUCCUGGUGAAGGUUGGCACAGUAACCAUGAGCUCCAGCGCCAGAGGGAUCUCCGUGGAGGUGGAGUACUGUGCGUGUGUGGUUCCUGGAGAUUGCUGGAAUCUAAUGAAGGAGUUCAUGCAGAGUUUUCUGGGCUCAAAUGUCCCUGAGAUUCCGUCUGUUUUCACCAGCAAACCUGAAGGCCUGUUUGCUCCAGCGGACUGCAUGGACACCAUGAGCCAGUACCUGGAGCUGUUCAGUAAAGUCAGAAAACAGCAGGUUCUGCCGGGGAGCAGUGUCAGAUAGAACCUGCAUCAACAAGGACUCCAUGUCUGAGCGCCGCGUGUGCUUUACAGACAGGCUGAAGACUCGGUGUGGCUUCAGUGUGAAUGCCAUACCAUACAAGUGGCUGGGCAGUAGGGGUGGCCGAUAUGGCAAAACUAUUGUAUCACGGUACUUGGACGUUAUCAUGAUGCAUGAUAUGCAUUACAAUAUUUGGGUUUUCUGAGAUUUAAUAAGUUGGAAUAGAUAAAACAGAAUGUCUAGUGCCAUAUAUGAACACUAUAAUUAUAAUAAUAAUAAAUUUAAAUAUAAUAAACCUACAGCUAUAAUUUUUUUCUUUGCUUUACAAACUGCACUGGACUACAUCCAAUUAAACAGGCCUAAUUAUGCUCACUUUGUAUCGAAACAUGCGGUUAGUCAGUGCUCUGUAAGUACUGACCAUAUCCACAGUAGUCUCAGGAAAGCGUAUUAAGAGAUAAAUUAUCACGAUAAUGAUCAAAUUUCCUCGCAUUGCCCAGCCCUGCUGUUCAGAAGGGAGUCUAAUGUGGAAGAAGAAACUGGUGACCAUGCUAAACAAUGCAGGAGUCACAUUUCCCCUUUGGCAGUUGUAAAAAUUCAAUAUAUGUUCUUGUUAUUCUCCAGAACAACAACUGGGAGAUGAUCUUCAUCAUUGUGAUAAAAUUGCAUCACAUUGUCACAUCACAUAUCGUUAAUAUAUAAACACUGACCCCAGUGUAUGUUUCAGUACUGCUACAGCCUGGUCUUGUUUUGUGCCGCUGAGUAUUAAGACGUGUAAGAAAAAUCAUUGUACUCGUAUUUUUUACGGUUAUGAAUCCUCAAAUAAGCUAACAUGACAUCAGCGUGUUGUGCUACUUGAAAUAUCAUGAUAUAAUAUUGUUGCUGUGCCGCCCACCCCUAGCAACAAGGUAGCUUGAGUAUAGGGCUGUCUCAUUUUUUAAGUUUUCCUACUUUUGCUAAAAUAAAGUUUUAAAAAAUGUCUGA